UUUGGCAUUGUGCAGAGCAAAGCAAACCUGGAGGACUUCUCCAUCCCUCAAAAUGAUAACGAUCUCUGCAGUCAGCCUUGUGAUCCUUUUGUCCCUUCUCUGUGAAGCUCGCACUGUUUUACUAAAUUCCACUGACUCAUCUCCGCCAGCCAAUAACUUCACUGAUAUUGAAGCUGCCCUCAGCGCACAACUAGAGUCUGCGGAUCUCCCCAAAGCCAGGCGGAAGCGCUACAUUUCUCAGAAUGACAUGAUCGCCAUUCUUGAUUAUCAUAAUCAAGUUCGGGGCAAAGUGUUCCCACCAGCAGCAAACAUGGAAUAUAUGGUAUGGGAUGAAAAUCUUGCAAAAUCAGCUGAGGCAUGGGCAGCAACUUGCAUUUGGGACCAUGGACCUUCUUACUUGCUGAGAUUUUUGGGUCAGAAUUUAUCUGUACGAACUGGAAGAUAUCGUUCUAUUCUCCAGUUGGUCAAGCCAUGGUAUGAUGAAGUAAAAGAUUAUGCCUUUCCUUACCCUCAGGACUGCAACCCUCAGUGUCCUAUGCGAUGCUUUGGGCCCAUGUGCACUCAUUAUACACAGAUGGUUUGGGCCACUUCUAAUCGAAUAGGAUGUGCAAUUCACACUUGCCAAAAUAUGAAUGUCUGGGGAUCCGUGUGGCGACGAGCAGUGUACUUGGUCUGCAACUAUGCUCCAAAGGGCAACUGGAUUGGAGAAGCACCAUACAAAGUUGGAGUGCCAUGUUCAUCAUGUCCUCCGAGUUAUGGUGGAGCCUGUACUGACAAUCUGUGCUUUCCGGGCGUAACGACAAACUACCUGUACUGGUUUAAAUAAGCUUAUCUUUUUCCCCCUCAGGGGGAUCCAUUUGUUUCUGGAUAUAUAUAGUGAAGUUUGAACA